CUUAAAUUUGUCAGUACAAUAUCACUUUCUGUAGUGACAAUUAUCAAAAUUUCCCGAAGCUCGUCAAUUUUUCGUGAUCAAAUAAAAUUAUCAAUGAAAAUGGGAGAGUCGAAGAAGAAGGUGAAAAAAUUCAAACCAGCGAAGCGGUUCCGAUAUCUGCCUGGAUCUAUCGACAUUCAUACAAAUUCUGUAGACCUGAAAUGCUACAAUUCUCAUCGAUACAGAGUUUUCAAUGCAAGGCCCCAUGUAGACUGUUGUCCCCUACCACUCAAUCCGUACAAUUUGAUAAACAUUUGUAAACUGAAAAAUGACCUAUCACGAUCGGAGUUGAUAGACAAACAGAACAAGGAACUUCUCAAGAAAAUCAAUAUGAUCAAUCGAAAAGGAGGAAAAGUCGACACUUACAAUCCAAUAGCAUACAGGAGAUCUAACAAAUGGCAAUCUCAUGAAAUCGAAAUGAAAAAACUAGUGAUGGAAAAUAAGGAUUUAUAUAAGUUGUUCAUAACGAGUAAAUCGUAUUACCAGAGCGACAUUUUCAACGAACAAUGGCAACGCACUCUGAAACAAAUGAUGCACGGUUGCAGAUUUCCUGUAGUCAUCAUGAACAAAAUGUCCGUCGACAAUGAGCUGCAAAGUCAACCGUCCAUCAGCGAAGGGCUUGAAAAGGGCAACAUCGUGAGGCCUCUAUGCUAUAUGGAGUUUCAAGUGAAGGACGGCGAAACUAUCGGCCGAAUAGAGAUCGAACUCUACCACGACUUUGUGCCCGUGACGGUGCAGAACUUCCUGGAGAUCUGCAAGGGCGGCGCGAAGGGCGGGUUGACGUACCGCGCAUGCCCCGUGCACCGCCUCAUCAAAGGGCAGUACCUCGAGACGGGCGACAUCACGAAGGGCACAGGAAAGGGGGGUGCGUCCAUUUAUGGGCCCACGUUCAGAGAGGAGAACCAUAUGCUGAGGCACAGCAAAGCAGGUGUUCUUUCAAUGAAGCGACUGCCUCCUACCGUAAAUAAUUCGCAGUUCUGUAUCACCUUCACGAGGAUAGAACAACUCGAUCACAAGAACGUCGUAUUCGGGAAAGUUGUGAAAGGGAACGCGACUCUAUUCAAAAUCCAGAAUUAUGGCCGAGCGAUCGGCAGACCUUAUGUUGAUAUCAUUAUAUCAGAUUGUGGAGAAAUAAAGUGAAUAAAUUUUUCUGAUUUUGACAUGUAA